AUGUUCACAUUUCAAAUCGCUCCUAGCAAGAAUAAGAAUGAAGGGAUGACUUCGAAGUCACAGGAAGUGAAUUUUAUUUUUUUAUUACACGGAGAAUAUUUCUACGGUGGAUGUAAGUUGACUUGCAUGACAAAAGAAAAAUGUCUCAGAGAUAGCAGAAAAUUUUCAUUUCGCCAUCCGACAGUUACAAAAAAAGAAAAUAUUACAAAGAGCUCCGUGAGAAAAACACUUGAGGAAAGCAUACAGAGACAAAAAUCCCUGGGAUACAUACACGAAAUGAAAUGGAAGUCGAAAGUUAUUGGUUCAACUUGA